AGGAAGGGGUGAAAGCAAAUGAGAUAAAAUGGAGCUUUGGAAAUCCAACAUUUGGAAGGACCAAGAAGAAGCUGCUCGUGAUGGCAGUGGCACUUGUUGGGCACCCCUGCUUCACACAACUUCAUCGUUUACACCACCGCUAUAGGCCUACUUGCACUCAAUCUGUUUGUCGCCGAGGAGUCGUAGUUGGAAUGAUGGCAACAUCAGAGAAAGAUCCUGUUCGAGAAUGGAUUCUUGGGGAGGGUGGUGCGACAAAUAUUAAUCGGGUAAUUCCAAUUGGUGGUGGGUGCAUAAGUAUUGCAAACCGUUAUGAUACCAAUGCUGGGUCCUUCUUUGUCAAGACAAAUAGGGAUAUAGGUCCCCCAAUGUUUGAAGCAGAGGCCAUCGGUUUGAACGCAAUGUAUUCCACUAAUACCAUCCGUGUGCCUAAACCAUUUAAGGUUGGACCUUUAUUGGGAAGGGGUUCUUACAUUAUCAUGGAAUUCAUUGAGUUUGGAUCAUCCAGAGGUGAUCAGGCAAAGUUAGGAAGGAAGCUUGGUGAAAUGCAUAAAGCUGGCAUAUCUGAUAAGGGAUUUGGAUUUAUGGUUGACAAUACAAUUGGCAGUACUCCCCAAGUAAACUCUUGGACAUCAGAUUGGAUAACAUUUUAUGGUGAGCAUCGGUUAGGAUAUCAGCUUCAACUGGCUCAGGAACAAUACAGGGAUAAUGAUAUCUAUGCAAAAGGACAAAGGUUAUUAAAGAAUCUGUCAGCACUAUUCAAGGAUAUUGAGAUAAAACCCUGUUUGCUUCAUGGAGAUCUUUGGAGUGGGAAUAUUUGUUCUGAUAGGAACAGUGAGCCUGUUAUACUUGAUCCUGCAUGUUAUUAUGGCCACAAUGAGGCAGAAUUUGGAAUGUCAUGGUGUGCUGGAUUUGGAACAUCCUUUUACAAUUCUUACUUUGAGGUACCAUUUCGUGCAUGGAUUAGUCUUUUGAACUCGAUGGUUAAGGAGAAAUGGUGAUGCCUAAACAAGAAGGAUUCGAGAUGCGAAGGAACUUGUAUAUGUUAUAUCAUUACUUAAACCAUUAUAACAUGUUUGGUUCUAGUUAUCGUUCAUCUUGUGCUUCCAUUUUGGAUAGAUAUCUUCAAAUGCUUAAUGUUUAGUAAUCCUCAGGUAGUUUCAUAUUUGUAAGUUGCCCUUUUAUAUACGAUGAAAUGCAUUUUUAUAAAAGCUGUAUCAUAAAUUAUUUUA